AUGAAAUCAUGCUAGCGCAUAGAAUCAAAUCAUUUUAUUUCUAGUUAACAAUCAUUUGAUAAUGUCUCGAUUGAUCACUCUUAGCAUAGUAGAGCUCAUGGAGGAAAGGAUUUAUUUGAUUUGUUAAAAAAAAUGACUAAUGUCUAUGAUAUGCAAGAAAUAGUAUAGUAGGAUUUUGAAGAUAGUAUUGACAAAGAGAGGGAUCGAUUGAAAUAAUAGUAAUACUUUAUUAAAAGUUUAGUUAAUAUAAGAAAUAAAACACAAAAGAAUUUAGAUGAUGAUGUAUUUUACAGACUAAAUCCUUAAAGGAAAAAAUCCAAAUAAAGAAUUUAGAAAUUAGUCGAGUAUUUUGAGACAUAUGAGGAUCAGUUCAGCAAAGAGCAGCUGUUCAAUUGA